AUGCAUGAAGACGAGACUUAUUUCCUUGGCGGCGAUGCUACUGCGGCGAAUCAUGUCCCCGCUGCCGUUCUUCUCAAUGCUGAUAGGGGACUGGGCCGCGGUUUUCUCCUCAAAAGGCUUCGGCCUUCUGUAUGGCUGAGUCGAAGUGGACAGGUUGGGCCACUGGGGCUUACGUUUCCUGUAAAAAGACUAAUUUUCGUUGCGGGGCUGGCAGUGGCUUUUAUUAUCCUGAAAUGUGCUUUUGGAUUGGGUGGCGCCAGUGCCCUACGCGGGCUUCGAAGAUCGUUAGGAGAAUCCGGGGGCCACUGGCAUACGGUAGCAUGUGGUGGCUAUGAACGAGAUCGUGGACCAGUAAAAAAUGGAACUGGCAUAGAUGAAUCUGAGCCAGAAGGUGUGACGCAUAGCAGAGUUAACGACGUAUUCGACCAGUUGGAAGAACUCCAACGCAUAUGCGCAGCUCUUUCUGUAGGGCGGGGGAUUCAAUUGCAAACGCAGAUCGCUUGCUUCUACUUGCUCGUCAGUUCCCAAGAGCUUGCCGCGGUUUCCGCGAUGCUGCCACCCCAUCUGGAGACGCGCAGAGUGCAACUCACAAAUUCGGGCUCCAGUAUGGCCAGCCGCAUCCUCCGAAAAUAUCCUGCUUUCGCAGUCGGCGACAACGCAUUUCGGCGAAUCAGGAAGCUACUCGAGUUAAACAACCAGCUGUGCAAACUCCCUGAUAGAUGCACUCUAGGGAGUACGCAGUGCAGGACCAGGCUGCAGCAUCUCGGCAGGCUCCAACUUGUGUUCUUGAGUAUUAUACUUACCCGACUAGAAGGACUGCUCGAAUUAGCAAACCAGGGCAGGAGGCCAACCGAUCAGGGAGUGUCGGAAGUGCUAUCCUCAAUGGCUGGGUUGCGACAUACACGUCGAGUUCAGAUUCUUGUUGAUCAUGGUCUCGGCCCGUGGGUGGCCGCGUACCUGCGAUUGGCGAGCCCUAAACACAUCGUGGCAAGAGCAAGAGAACGUCAGAUCCUUCUAAAUAAUAGUUUGACACCCGUCGAUGUGCUCGUCAGACAGUUGGAAGAGGCGUCUGCUCACACCGUAGACGCAACAGAACGGCCAAGGCAGCGGAUUUCUGUUGGUGUGGGUGCUCCGCGUUGGGACGCUACCGCGCCAGAGUGGCGGCAAAUCGCAAGGCCUGGUGUCACGUCCCUUCCGUACCCGGCUCCGAUUGCAACUACCAGCUCCGCUGUGCCCCGACGUUCAUCCGAUAUGCUGCGAGAUAGUGAUUUAAGCCUUGGGGAAGAGGGUGGUUCGAAUGCCACACUUCCUCCCCAUCACCCUAUUUUUGUCCAUCCCCCACGAGCGACUUUUUUUGGCCCUUCAAGUCAACCUCUGCCGGAGCCUUCAGGGCGCAGAGACGGGCAGCGUUCUGUCAACCCUUCAAGUUCCUGGUAUCCCCCUCGCCAAAGCGUAGUGCAUUUCCAAGCAAUGCAACCAGCAUCAGGUCCUGCAACGGGAACUCAGUCGUUCGCGCCUUUGGGCACCGUACAGUCUGCACCUGACCUGAGCAAGACUGUAAACAGGGGGUUGGUGGACUGCUGGCCAACAAAUUCGGGUGAAAGAGUGCCCCGGUUAAGUGCCUUUUCCGUCGUAGCGCAGGGUGAGCAGGAGCCAUAUGGUACCACUCAACCUCUGGACAGCGGGCACAUGCUGCUGAGCGAAGAUGCAACAUCUGCGCUGAACCUGCAGCUUCCACGAUAUUCCCAUCUACUGCAGGAGGAUAUGGAACCCGUUAGCACCUCCAACCUGCUCUUCGCAGACACAGAAUUAGGGGCUGGCACUUUUGGGUCCCCUGCGUCACGGGGUGGUGCAGGGGAUGGUUUGUUGGGAGGGCAUUUGAGUGCCCUCCAAACUGAGCGAAAACAUCCCGAAUGA